AUGGCGGAUCCCGUUCAGGUCAAGGAUGAGUUCCCGGAGGAAACUUUCAUGGAUGAGAUAGCGGAGGAUGAAUCGGGCGACCUGGAGUUCUACGACAAGAGCGCAAUGGACCCAAAUUACGACAACAUGUACCUCGCCAGAGUACCUCAUUACGUAUGGGAGGCUUGGGCCGAACUCCCAGACGAUGCCAACAUACAGGUCGGAAAGAUCCGGCAGUGGUAUGAACCCGAUGCAAAGGGAGAGCAGCACAUCAAACUUCGCAUGCUUCUUGACAAUGGCAUCGGCGCGCAUCAGAUGAUACCAAAGGAGUAUGAUCUUAGGAUAACAGAAAUGAGUGUCAAAGAUACAUUUAUAUUCUCGGAAGAGGAUCUCCCCGAAUACAAGGAGAAGAACCGCGCUCGUCGAGAGGCUGCUGCUGCAGGAAUCCCUGCCCAUUUACUUCGCAACACCGCUUUGGACAACACCAGCAACAAUAACAGCAGCAGCGGUUCCGGUGGGAACAGUGGCGCCGGACGUGGCAACACGGAGAGUAACGACAAACCACAGAAGUCGGGCUAUGGUAAAGGACGAAAGGGCCCGAGGAAGGAAUUCUACCGUAAAGCGGUACCGAAGAAAACCAAAAUCGCAGGACGUAUCAAGCACGAGCUGAAUAGCAUCCCUGUGGAUAAUCCUGAAACGGAUCAUUUGCUGGCUCUGAGAGCACUUGAGGCCGCUAAGCCAAAAGCCAAGGUUGCCUUCCAAGACGAGACCAACAUCUCCCAGAACAGCAUCAACCGUGCGACGGAAUUUACCACAUCGAAGAAAUACCAGAGCUUCAUUACCGCAAAUGCGGCUCCACCGCCAGUCGUCACCAAGCAGAAGAAGACGGAGCUCAAGGCAGCGCGCAUCCCCGAGAACGAACUGCUGGAUCAAAUCUUCCAGCUUUUCCGCAAGUUCAGUUACUAUCACAUGAAAACUCUAAGGGCCGAGCUGCGACAACCCGAGGCAUACCUGCGGCAAACUCUGGAAAAAGUGGCCGUGUUGCACAAGUCAGGCAACCUCACGAAUACCUGGGGGCUGACAGACGAUGCCAAACGGUCCAACGGCAUCUCUCUCGACGGCCCAGCCACGGUUGCUCCUACCGUGGAAGGCGAGCUGAAAGACGACGAGGACGAGGAGGAUAUAAAGAUGGAGGAUGUUCCGUAG